CUAAGCUAGCAAGGCCUGGUUUCCUUCCCGUCGCCAUCUUGUUUUGAUCAAAAGGACGAAAGAAGCGAAAGAAAAGAGAUAGAAUAAAACGCUUUGAUGUCGCGCCAGUCAUCUGUGCGAACAGAUGCCAAAAAAGUUAGCACAGAGCUUUUUACCUUGACUUAUGGAGCUCUUGUGGCACAACUCGUGAAGGAUUAUGAAAGUCCAGAGGAGGUUAAUAAACAACUUAAUAAGAUGGGCUAUAAUAUAGGAGUCAGACUGAUUGAAGAUUUCUUGGCAAGAUCAAAUGUUGGUCGAUGCCAUGACUUUCGAGAAACAGCAGAUGUUAUCGCAAAGCUUGGUUUUAAGAUGUUUCUGGGGAUCACGCCAGUGGUAGCAAACUGGAGUGCAGGGUCUGACGAAUUCUCUCUCAUUCUGGAGAACAACCCACUUGCAGACUUCGUGGAGCUAUCACAGGGGCACGAGGGCCUUCUGUACUCCAAUAUACUGUGUGGGGUACUGAGGGGAGCGCUAGAGAUGGUCCAGAUGGAGGUUGACGUGUGGUUCGUACAAGACGCCCUAAGAGGUGAUGAGACUACAGAGAUACGCGUCAAAUUCAUCAAGAAACUAGAAGAUGCCUUACCCGCGGGCGAGGACUAGUGACAAGGAAUUACCACAGGUAGCCCAGGCUUUCGGAAAGUGAAGAUAAACUAACUGAGAUUCUGUUGGACGAAGCUGUUGUUGCUCAAUUCUACAACAAAUUGCCACUGAUUUCAGAUAUUCAGUUGUGGUAUAAAUUCUUACAUUUGCCUCUUUAAAAGGAUCCAACUCCGUUAGUAAGUUCUUGUCAUACUCACCGUGAUCCUGGGCUGCAUGUUGGAUUACAAGUGUAAAUAAUGAGUCAGAAAAAAAAAAACAGCCAUCGAA